AUGAAUCCUGAAGUUCUCCUUGCUGCCAAAAACGGCGAUAAAAGUUUGAUUAGGAAUUUCUUUGACUCUAACCCUCGACAACUGAAGGAAGUUACUUUUGAAGGAAAUACUGCCCUGCACAUCGCUGCGAGGGAAGGCCAUUCGGAGCUGGUUGAAUGGAUUCUUCAAAAUGUGAAAGGCCUCUCUGGAGCUCGCAAUUCUGAUCUCAAUACGCCGCUGCACGAAGCUGCUAAGCGGGGAAAUGCUGAGAUAAUUCGUACUCUUCUCCGCUACAACGUGUGGCCAGCCGCUAAACGCAAUCAGUUUGGAGAGUCGGCUCUGUUAAUAGCUUCAGAGAAAGGUCAUGUGGAAGCAGUGAGGGCUUUGGUGGAAGCCACACCAGUAUAUAUCAUGCUCUGGCCAAGGGAGGACCACCAAACCUGUCUUCACGUUGCUGCCUACGGAGGAAGUUUAGAGAUAGUAAAGUUGAUACUUGAGAGGCACAGUUUCUGCAACAUUUUGCGUCUCAUUAUGAUUAGUCAUGAUAUCCAUGGUGCCACUCCAUUGCAUUCUGCUGUUCACCGAGGGAAUUUAAAUAUUGUGAGUGAAAUUGUAAAAUCAAAAUUACCUUGGUGGUGUUGUAUGAAAUGGUUUCACAUCAGUUUAAUGACAAAGAAGGAUAAGUUUGGAAGAUGUGCAAUACAUUUAGCAGCGAUCCAGGGCAAUAAAAAGAUGAUGGAGGAAUUCUUGUCAAUAAUGCCAGAUUGUAUUGAAAUUCGCAGUAAAGACCAUAAAACUGCUCUACACUUUGCUGUAGAACACAACCAAUCUGAGAUAGUGAAAAUGCUUCUCAAAGAAAUGGUAAAACUAGAAGAAAUGGUAAAGCAUGAUGACCGAGACAUCUCUGGCAAUACAUUGUUACACUUGGCAACCAUCAAUGGAGUGGAUCCAGAGCUUGUUCGAUACAUUUUACCAUUUCUAAAUGUGGACGCCAUUAAUAAUGAAGGACUUCGUGCAAUUGACGUAGCUACUCCUGCUACAUAUAGAGAUGAAUCUAAGUUUACCGAGAUAAGAAGGUUUAUAGAAGACCAAGGAGCAUCUCGAGAUGAAUCUAAGUUUACCGAGAUAAGAAGGAUUUUAGAAGACCAAGGAGCAUCUCGAAGUUCUGUAGGAAAUCCCAGAACACCUAAUUCAAUGGAUUUGAAACAAGGGAGCAACGUAAGUGAAAAAAUCAUGGAUAUGGACACCCUGGUGGCAUCACUCAUUGCCACCAUUACAUUUGCAGCUAUAUUUCAAAUACCAGGAGGAAUUGACGAUAAAGGUAGUGGAGCUGACGAUAAACAUAGUGCACCUGCCCCUGCACCUGGUGGAGAUGGAACUGGAGUUGCUCGGAUGGCAUUGGAAACUCUUUUUCAUGUGUUCUUGUUCUCUGAUAGCCUUGCCAUGUUUGCCUCCCUCACAGUUGUUAUUGCCUGGUUAUUCCGACAACGGUUACAAACAAAGAUUAAUGAAGAAGGUUCAGUAUUGGCCAAGCUAUCAGUUUUGAGCUUGGGUAUUUCCAUAGUCUCUACCGGACUUGCGUUCUUGACUGCAACCAUCCUGGUCACAGUACCUCGUCAUUUUAAAAAAAUGAAAGAUCGUGAUGAAUAUAACUUGUUGUUAUGGGGUGAGAUACUCACAGCUUUUGCUGCACCAGCAGUUUUUCUCAUUUUGCUGUCAAUUUUCUGGGCUAUUCAGUACAAUUUCAAUGCUACUGGGAAAAUCCGACAACGACUCAGGAUGCAGCUCAAAGAAGCUCUCAUCUAUAUAAUUCCACCUUUUGCUGUCGUAUUGGGAAUUACUUUUGGUUGUGUAUAUACCUAUUUUCCAGAAAGGACUAAAUAGUUGCCAAUAUAAUUCAGCUGUGAAAUUGGCCUUCCCACUUAAUGGCCUAUUGUAGAAGAUUUCAAAUGGUAGCCGCAUGCUAUUUGUCUUCGCCAGCUUCUUUGUAAUCUUAUUUACAUAGC